AUGAAUAUUUGUUUCCUUUCCAAUUAUUUAUUUGGCCACGAACAAGAUGACACUGGGAACGAAUUUAAAAUCGAAAUCAGAAUCGGGAACCAACCCUCCAGGGCUCGUAUCGCUCGUUUCCUCAAAGCUGGAAAGUACGUCGAGCGUGUCGGUGCCGGAGCUCCUAUGUAUGUCGUUGCCGUUCUUGAGUACCUAGCAGCUAAGGUUCCCGAGUUAGCUGGAAAUGCAGCAAGGGGCAACAAGAAAACUAGAAUCGCCCCAAGGCACAUCCAAUUAGCUGUUAGGAACGACGAAGAAUUGAGCAAGCUUCUCGGUGACGUCACCAUUGCUAAUGGCGUUUUUAUGCCUAACAUUCACAACCUUUUGCUUCCUAAGAAGGUCUUUAUUGACUCGUUAGUUGAAGAUCUAAAGUUAAAGGAAUAAAUUCCCUUCUAGGAAGAAUGAGAAUGAAGGUACUUUCAUGAAUGACAUGGUAGUCUUAUAGAAUGAAGACUUUUUCAAGAAUGACUUACUAUAAAGCUUGUAUUCUUAUAGAAGGGGGAAAAAUUCAAAAAUUGAUAUUGUAUUUUUGACA